CUUGCUAGGACAUGAUAUAACUUUUAUCAGUCCACACCAACAAAGUUGGCUGGAGAAAACUACUUCCUCCAUUCAGGGUAG